AUGCAAUUCAAAAUCAGUGGUAACUCAACAAGUACCAUUCUCUCUAGAAAAAAAAGUUCCAUAAAAAAAAAAUGGACUCCAUGGUUGAAUUGCAAAACAAGUCCAUAGUUGAAAUUCUCUACAAAGCACUUUUGGGCCAUGGAACAAUGGAAAUGGUAGCAAAAUUGCUAGCAAGUGAUCUUGAGUAUUGGUUCCAUGGUCCACCAAAAUGUCAACACAUGAUGAAAGUGUUAACUGGUGAAACUGAUCACAAAAAAGGGUUCAAAUUUGAGCCAAGAAGUGUUACUUCAAUUGGUGAUUGUGUUAUAACUGAAGGUUGGGAAGGACAAGCUUAUUGGGUUCAUGUUUGGACUUUGAAAAAUGGGUUAAUUACACAAUUUAGAGAGUAUUUUAAUACAUGGCUUGUUGUGAGAGAUUUGAGGCCAUUAAAGUGGGAAGAUCAUAAGCAAGAUAGUAUGACAUUGUGGAGGAGUCAGCCGCGCGAUCUCUAUCGUCGUUCGCUUCCUGGACUUGUGUUGGCUAUUUAGACAUAACAUAUAUCAUUGUUGUGUUUUAUUUGGUUGUUAUGUGAUGUAUUUUGUACAAUGUUGUAUCAUGAAUUUGGUCUUGUGGUUUAAUUUAUAUAUCAUUUUUCAACUUAUUAGUAAGUUUUUGGUGGAUAUGGUUAAUUAUUGUAUAAAAUUAUAUUAUCACCAAAUUGGAAGGGAAAAGAAUGAAUAAAAGGUUAAGGAAAGAUUUGAAAGAA